AUGUCUCGACCACUUCUAGUCGCGUUUGACUUUGACCAUACAAUUGUGAAUGACAAUACGGAUAUUGUAGUCCGGAAGCUACUGCCCGAACAAAAAUUACCAGAAUCAGUGAGAGGCAUGUAUCGAUCGGACGGAUGGACCGCCUACAUGCAGAGAAUCUUCGAACUUCUCCAUGCAAAUUGCAUUAACCAGACACAAAUAAAUGCUGCUAUAGACAAUAUACCUGCAGUAAACGGGAUGGAGGAUCUGUUGGAAAGAUUGCACAAGAGCAAUUGCAAUAUUAUAAUAAUAAGUGACUCGAACUCAAUUUUCAUAGAGCGCUGGUUGAAGAAUAAAAAACUGAGUCAUACUAUAUCACGGGUAUUUACUAAUCCCGCUAAAUACGACGACAACGGAUUGUUGAAAAUUGAAAUGUAUCAUCUGCAAGAUUGGUGCGAAUUGAGCACAAAAAAUCUCUGUAAGGGGCAUAUUUUAGAAAAUUACAUAAAAGAGUCAUUGGAAAAUGGAACCUCAUUCGAGAGAGUUGCUUACGUCGGCGAUGGACGGAAUGAUUUUUGCCCCAUUCUGAGAUUGUCGGAAAAAGAUUUUGCCUUUCCAAGGUCGAAUUAUCCUCUUAUUAAAAUUUUAAAUGAAGCAAAAACUAACGGCACGCAUCAAGUUAGAGCGCACAUGUGCCCGUGGAACGAUGGUACGCACAUUUUGGAAAAACUUCUCGUCUCUCUUGAGUAA